CAACCUCUUCCAAACUGUCAAUGGCCGCUGUUGAAAAACAAGAAAUAUACAGAGAAACAUAAAAUUGUGAAUUUGCAAUCACAAUUUGUUAUAACUGCUCCACAAAAUCAGAAACUUGAAGAUAAACAAUUGAGAAUUGAAUUGAUAGUGAUACUUAUUAAUAAAAAUAAUAUUGUUUCGAAAGAUCCCAUAUUGUACAGCGUGAAGUUAAGAUCUGCUGUGGUACAAAGUAGCUAAGCCGUGGGGCUGAAUUCAACGUUUAAAUAAAAUUAGAAGUUCUUAUAGGAAAACAAUAUUUCUCGUUUUAUAGCAGGAGUAUUGAUUUACAAGUAUUUUAAGUCUUAAGUAAUAAUGGAAAUACAGCAGUUAGAAAUACUUUGUAAGCAGCUCUAUGAGGCAACAGACUCAGUGAUACGUUCUGAUGCUGAAAAAGCAUUAGUAGCUUUCGUAAGCAGCCAGGAUGCGUUACCCAAAUGUCAAAUGCUUUUAGAACGUGCAGAUUCCAGCUAUGCACAGAUGUUGGCGGCGACAACGCUUACUAAAUUGAUACAAGGACUCAAUUUAGAACAGCGUAUUGAUAUCAGAAGUUACGUGUUAAAUUAUUUGGCCAAUAGACCAAACUUGCAACAUUUCGUGGUGCAAGCGCUCGUUACCCUUCUCGCAAAGAUAACAAAAUAUGGCUGGUUCGAUAUGUACAAGAGUGAAUUGAUUUUUCAAAAUCUUUUUGAGGAUGUGAAGAAGUUCUUACAGGGUUCGGUAGAACAUUGCACUAUUGGCGUUCAAAUUUUAUCGCAACUCGUUCUGGAAAUGAAUUCCAUAGUUGAAGUCGAUGUGAAUUUAUCUUUUUCAAAGAACCGAAAGAUUGCCACUUCAUUCCGUGACCAACAACUGUAUGAUAUUUUUUUAUUAUCCUGUUCGUUGUUGGUUACUGCGCGUGACAACAGCAAAAAUUUAAAUUUUAUGGAUGAAUCCCAACAAGCACUAAUUUCACAUGUAUUGCGUCUAACGAAAAAUUGCCUGAGCUUUGAUUUUAUUGGUAGUUCAACGGAUGAAUCAUCCGAUGACAUGAACAGUGUGCAGAUACCCACAUCAUGGAGACCAGCGUUUUUAGAUUCUAAUACUUUAAAACUAUUUUUCGAUCUGUACCAGAUACUCCCUAAUGGUUUGGCCAGUUAUUCUCUUUCUUGUCUCGUACAAAUGACUUCUGUGCGUCGUUCGCUUUUCAAUAAUUCAGAGCGAACAAAAUUUCUUACUCAUUUGGUGGAAGGCGUCAAAAAUAUACUUGUGAAUCUGCAUGGACUUAGUGACCCCGACAACUAUCAUGAAUUUUGCCGCCUUUUGGCGCGCCUAAAAUCUAAUUACCAGUUGGGUGAACUUAUAGCAGUACCAUGUUAUCCAGAAGCAAUCCAGUUGAUAGCAAAGUUUACUGUGCAGUCGCUUCAGAUAUGGCAAUUUGCUCCAAAUAGUGUCCAUUAUUUGCUUACUUUGUGGCAACGAAUGGUAGCAUCUGUGCCGUACGUUAAAUCCCCCGAACCACAUUUAUUGGGGACGUAUACACCUGAGGUGACCAAAGCUUAUAUUGAGUCGCGUCUCGAUGCUGUUCCAGUUAUUGUGCGCGACAAUAUGGAAGAUCCUUUGGACGAUUUAUGUAUGGUUCAACAACAAUUAGAGCAAUUGUCUGUGAUCGAGCGUUGUGAAUAUGACAAAACGUGUACAUUGCUUGUUCAGCAUUUUGAUCAAAAGGCCCGAGAGUAUGAAAACUUGCUGCAGACGCCUAAUGCUAAUCCAAUGGAUAUUACCGUCCAUGAAUUGCAGCUCACUUGGCUAGUUUAUGUCAUUGGAUCAGCAAUCGUUGGGCGCCUGACCGUUAACUCGAACGAUGAUCAUGACACGAUGGAUGCAGAAUUAGUGAUCAGGGUGCUACAAUUAAUGAGUUUAACGGAUGCCCGAUUACCACAAGCAGGUUGUGAGAAACUUGAAUUGGCUAUAUUAAGUUUUUUGGAACAAGUCCGCAAAAUGCACAUCAGCGAACAAACGCAAAAGGCAAAUGUUUAUAAACGGCUUAGCGAAGUGUUUGGUUUAAAUGACGACCAAAUGCUCUUAAGUUUUAUUAAUCGGAAAAUCAUAACUAAUCUAAAAUUCUGGGGUCAUUCUGAACAAAUCAUAACUAAAACACUAAUGUUGCUUUCGGAUCUAUCUGUGCAUUUUAAUUCUGUGAGAAAGCUAGCCAAAUUGGAGGAGGUGCAAUUCAUGUUAACCCAUCAUACGAGUGAGCACUUUCCGUUUUUGGGUACCAAUUCAUCGUUAUCGGAGAUGCGUUGCCGCACAAUGUUCUAUACUUCGCUUGGGCGCUUGCUUAUGUUCGACUUGGGCGAAGAUGAGGAGCGUUUCUACAACUUUUUAACACCUCUCACAAACCAAUUUGAAUCACUUGGCACUGUUUUGAUGGAUGCUAACAGUUUUCCAAACGAGGAGGCCAAGAAGGCAAUUAUUGGCUUGGCGCGAGAUUUACGUGGCCUAGCUCAACCAUUAAAUGCUCGUAUACCCUAUACAAUGCUGUUUGAAUGGCUUUACUACGCCGAUUAUUUGCCCAUACUCAUACGUGCCGUGGAGUUGUGGGCUCAUGAUCCUGCGGUCACAACCCCUGUACUGAAAUUGUUCGCCGAGCUUGUGCAUUGCCGCACUCAGCGUUUGCAAGGCAACGUAUCAAGCCCAAUGGGAAUUCUAUUAUUUCGAGAGGCGUCCAAACUGAUAUGCAUUUAUGGAAAUCGUAUAUUACAUCUGGAUGUGCCGCGGGAUCAGCAGUAUCCAAUGCGUUUAAAAGGCAUUUCGAUUUGCUUCUUAAUUCUUAAAAAUGCCUUGGGAGGAAAUUACGUAAACUUUGGCGUAUUUAAGCUAUACGGCGAUGAUACACUUGAUAACGUUUUGAAUAUUGCUGCAAAGCUUAUAAUGUCAAUACAGCAAAAUGACUUGUUGGAAUAUCCGAAAUUGUCUUCGUCGUAUUAUGGAUUGCUCAACUGCUUAUCACAGGAUCACAUAACAUUUCUAGCAAGUUUAGAACCGCGAGCGUUUGUCUAUAUUUUGGAGAGCCUUUCAAAAGGCCUUUCUGCUUUAGAUUCGACGAUUUAUAUCAGCUGCUGUUCCAUAUUGGAUAGUAUCGUAUCGUAUAUAUUUAAACAAUUACAAUUAAAGGUUUCGACAUUCCCAAACAAAAAAUUGCGUAAUAUCUCUCCUGAAAACGCACAGUUCCUUGAGGUAGUGGAGAUGAACUCAGAGUUGUUACAAAAUAUGAUGUCCACUUUGUUGAACAACGUCAUGGCAGAAGACUGCAGAAAUCAGUGGUCAAUGUCACGACCCCUAUUAGUUCUCAUACUUCUAUAUGAAGACUACUUUAGAUCUUUAAAAGAUAAUAUAAUCCGGGCACAACCAUUAGACAAACAACAAACAAUGGCGCAAUGGUUUGAAGAUCUUAUGGUCGGUAUAGAGCGAAACGUGUCGAGCAAAAAUAAAGAGAAAUUUACGCAAAAUCUUUCUUCGUUCCGUCGUGAUGUUGUUAAUUUACCAAAAUCAUCAAGUUAUAAUACAGUUAAUGUUGUCAGUUCAGUUAGCGAUAUCAAUGAUUUUUUGCUCAACGAGCUCGAGAAAGAGUACAUGAGGGACGAUGACUAAAAGUUUUCCAGCGCUCGUGGGAGGAUAAUGCGUACCAAGUCUAUUCAGAGACAAAUUAUUCAGUAUCUGUUUAAGAACAGCUUGGAGAAGGCCAACAUUUUACAAUUUUAAAUGUCCUGCACCUGCUGGUUAAGUUUGAACGGCUGAAAAUCGAUAACUCAUAGUGAUUACAAAUGAAAAAAAAAUAUAUAUAAUAAGGAAAGAUAACAAGAAAUAUAGAUAUAUUUAAAUUUAUAUAUUA